AGAAAAACGAAACUGUGGUUCGCGUCGCUCAGAGGUAUGACGGGAUCGCGCCCGGCAGGAGAACGAGUGUUGUCUGGGCAGAUGUUUCCCUUCCACGCUCUGAGUUGUGUGCUGUGAAACCAUUUCUUCCCAGACUUUAAUUCCAGCUGGAAGCUGCAAUUCUUCUGGAGCCUUGGCAGCACAGAUGCGGUGUGUUGCAGGGAUUAGAAUACCUGCUUCUACGUGUUCAGCUUGAAUCAACAUCCUAUCAGGCAGGAUGAAAGACCGGUUAUGUGAACUGUAUGAGUUAGCUAGGCUUUAUAACCAACAGUUUCCGAACAAUGAAGAUGAUGAGAGUUUACCUCAUGAAACCCUCCUGUUUGAGACUGAUUAUGCCCUCGCAGCUCUUUACAAAGAUAUCCAGAGUAUCCGAACAGACAACCUGCACCUGAAAGAGGACGUCAAACGGCUAGGUAAACAAAGUAAUCGCUUUCUUACCUCCAUGCGCCGUCUUAGUAGUAUCAAACGAGAUACUAACAGCAUCGCCAAAGACAUCAAGGCCCGUGGAGAAGGCAUCCACAGGAAACUCCAGACAAUGAAAGACUUCAAUGAAGAUGCAGAAACAAAACAUGGCACGAUGUCUGUCAUAACCCGUGUAUCAAAGAAUCACUAUGUUGACCUCAUGCAUGCCUUUCAGGAAGCCAUGUUUGAGUACAAUGAGGCAGAGAUGAACCAGCGGGAGAACUGCAAGAUUCGGAUCCAGAGACAGCUGGAGAUCAUGGGCAAGGAUGUUUCCGGAAACCAGAUUGAAGACAUGAUCGAGCAAGGCAAGUGGGAUGUUUUCUCUGAAAAUCUCCUGUCUGAUGUCAGAGGGGCUCGUGCAGCAUUGAAUGAGAUAGAGACGCGACACAAAGAGUUGAUGAAGUUGGAGAGUCGCAUCAGGGAGGUUCAUGAGCUCUUUCUGCAGGUGGCACUACUGGUGGAGCAACAGGCUGACACCUUUGACAUCAUUCAACUGAAUGUGGAAAAAGUUGAGGACUAUGUAGGAGAAGCUAAAUGUCAGGUGAGGAAAGCUUUGGAAUACAGGAGGAAACACCCUUGUCGAACACUCCUCUGCUGUUGCUUUUCAUGCUGCAAAAGCUGAUUCUCCUACUCAAGCCAUUACAGACCAACUUGAAUGUGCCCUAAGAAUGUACAGUUGAAAUAGUGCUUUUAAAAUGGGCUACUCUUUGGAACAGGGUUGCUUUUGGUUUUUUGGGGUUGGGGUGAUUACCCCUUAGACUGAGAUGCCUUAAGCACAUUCAUGUGCUAAUAAAAGCCAAAUGUUGCUGGCAAAUCAUUUUUAUUAUCUUUAACAAAAAAAAAAUUCAAGCCUAACCAAUUUGGCUAUAAUCAAGGCUAGAGUGCUUAAGAGAGCCUCAUAAAAUGAUACAUGCUCCAAUCUGACACCACCUAAUUUAAAGAAUGAAUGAAAGGCUCAUAGCUUAAUCGAUGAAGGAUGAGUGUUGGUGUACCACAAGGUGGCUAUUUUCUAUCUUCCACAGUGAGACUGCAUGGGGUACAGCUCUAUUGCUGUAGUGAUGUAAUUCUGCGGUUCUUUGUAAGUUUGCCUGCCUUUAGGAAACUUGGAGCCCAUAUGAUGCAAUCCUUGAACAAUUCAUUGCCACAUUCAUUUGAAGAAACAGUAAGUCUGUUACACUAUUAACAGAAAAUAUAGAAUUAGUUUCUUAAACCUUUUUAUACAAGGAGCUUGAUUCUGAUCUCACACUGGUUUUACACCAGUGGAACUCCAUUGAAAUGAAUGAAGUGAAUUUUGAUCUAUUC